UUGAGCACUUCUCACUAGAUUACUAUUUUGUUCCAUAGCUCCAGAAAUCAGAAGAAAGAUGGGAAGCUUUCCACUUCCCUCGUCGUCGUCGUCGUCUCUACUGAUUUCCAGCUCCUCUUCCAUUUCGGGAAGACCAUCAUCCACAAUUUUUUAUCCUCACAGGCGCUUUAGAAAGGUGCAAGCACUCUCCGUUUCCUGCGAUUACUCCUGUUUCGAAAUAAGGGAUGUGUCUUAUCGACCUCCAGGGACCAAGAUCAACCUAUUGAGUCAAGUCAAUCUUUCAAUUCCUGAGAAAAGUUUUGGCUUGAUAUUUGGACGAAGUGGCAGUGGAAAAACUACUUUAUUGCAGCUGCUUGCAGGGUUAAGCAAACCAACGUCAGGUUCCAUAUAUGUGCAGCGAUAUAGUGAUGAUGGUGAAAAGAUUAAGUCUCCUGAACCCUUACAACCCGAAAGAGUUGGCAUUGUUUUCCAGUUUCCUGAGAGAUACUUUGUUGCUGACACUGUUCUUGAUGAAGUUACAUUUGGGUGGCCAAGACAAAAGGGUGGCCUUCAAUUAAGAGAGCUUCUUGCAUCGAGACUUCAAAAGGCCAUUACCUCGGUUGGUCUAACAGGAAUGUCUUUGGACAAGGAUCCCCACUCAUUAAGCGGUGGCUACAAACGUCGGCUUGCCCUUGCUAUUCAGUUAGUUCAAACACCAAAUUUAUUAAUAUUGGAUGAGCCUCUUGCUGGUCUCGAUUGGAAGGCUCGUGCAGAUGUGGCGAAAUUGUUAAAGAAUCUAAAGAAGGAGCUAACUUUACUUGUUGUCAGCCAUGACCUCAAGGAGUUGGCAUCUUUGGUCGAUCAAUCUUGGAGGAUGGAAAUGGGAGUACUUAAAAGAGAGCCACUACCCAUUUAAUACUUGGGGAUUUAUUAACAAGAGUGCAUGCGAGCUCAAAUGGAUGAAGCUCCCAUGGAGUCUACUAGAACAUUCUGAGAGAAGAGAGGAAGAAGAGAGUGGAGGAGCCGAGAUAUUUCCUGAAAAUGUGAACUCCUGUUCAUUUCACCAAUUGUAUAAGGAUAUAUAUACAUGUUGACUCGUUGACUAAACUAAUUGCUCAUUAACUAA